CUUUAAAAACCCUGUUGUCAUGGUAACAAAUUUCAAACAAUUUUGGCAGAGAAUUUUUUCAUAAUUUCUAUUUGAAAAUCAACCAACUGAUCACAAUGGAUUAUUUACAAAUAAAAGAUGGGCAAUAUACUAAAACUAUAUAUACAAUGAUAAAAGAAGCGAGGUACGAGGAUGCAAUCAAGGCCCUCAACGAUGCCAUCAACUUCAAUCCGAAUCGAGCUGGUCUAUCCCUCCUAGGUUAUUGUUACUUCAGAACCCAGGCGUUCGUGGAAGCCGCCAACUGCUAUGAGCAAUUAACAGCCAUGCACCCUGAUAUACCCGAGUACAAGUUGUACUUCGCGCAGGCGUUGUACCAAGCGUCUAUGUUCGACGAAUCAUACAAGGUCACGAUGCAGAUCACAGCACCAGAGUUAGAACGGAAGGUUGUCAAACUUCAAUCGGCUAUCAAAUACGGCGAGGAUGAUACGAUAACCGCGAAGGGAUUGGUUGAUUCGUACCCGCAAGAAGAUCCCGACAAAGAUAUCAAUCUGGGAUGUUUAUUGUUCAAAGAAAAUCAGUACGAGGAAGCCUUGCAAAAGUUCUCUCGGAGUCUGAACGUGAUCGGAUUUAAUGCACAUUUACAUUACAAUAUUGCGCUCUGUUAUUUCCGUCUCAAAGAAUACCCACAAGCGCUGAAACAUAUAACUCUUGUUAUUGAGAAAGGUAUAAGGGAUCAUCCGGAGCUGGCUGUUGGUAUGCAAGCAGAGACAUCUGAAGUGAAGUCUGUGGGGAAUACAUUAACUCUACACGAAACAGCUCUAACAGAAGUCUUUAAUUUGAAAGCGGCUAUAGAGUAUCAGUUAAAAAAUAUCGAAGCAUCAAGAGAGGCUUUGAACGAUAUGCCUCCGAGAAAUGAACAUGAAUUGGACGCUGUUACCCUCCACAAUAUUGCUUUAACGUCCAUAGAUAUAAAACCGACCGAUGGAUUCGAAAAACUGCAUUUCUUACUUCAGCAAGAUCCAUUCCCUCCAGAAACAUUUGCCAAUUUGCUCCUUCUGUACUGCAAAUUUGAAUAUUACGACUUAGCUGCCGACGUGUUAGCAGAGAACGCACAAUUUACUUACAAAUAUCUAACGCCAUAUUUGUAUGACUUUUUGGAUGCUAUUAUAACAAGCCAAACUUCUCCUGAAGAAGCAUUCCAAAAGUAUGAAGAUAUCGCUUCAAAACAUGCCGAACAGUUGCGAAAACUGACUAAAGUUGUACAGGAAAGUCGCUCGCAAGGUGACAACGAUCAAGUCAAGAAAGCUGUUGUGGAAUACGAAGAAGCUUUGGAGCGAUACAUCCCGGUUGUGAUGGCUCAAGCUAAAAUAUACUGGGACAUGGAAAAUUACGGACAAGUGGAGAAGAUAUUUCGCAAAUCAGUCGAGUUUUGCAACGAGUCCGACGUUUGGCGACUUAACGUAGCUCACGUGUUGUUCAUGCAAGAAAACAAGUACAAAGAGGCGGCCAGCUUCUAUGAACCCAUCGUUAAGAAGCAAUACGACAACAUUUUAGACAUAAGUGCUGUGGUUCUGGCAAACUUAUGCGUGUCGUAUAUAAUGACCUCACAGAACGAAGAAGCAGAGGACAUCAUGCGCAAAAUAGAGAAAGAGGAAGAGCAGCAAAUAUUUGAGGACCCUCAAAAAAAGUUCUUUCACUUAUGCAUAGUCAAUUUGGUCAUUGGAACACUGUACUGCGCUAAAGGCAAUUAUGAGUUUGGGAUAUCGAGGGUGAUCAAAUCCCUGGAACCAUUUAACAAACGUCUUGGCACUGACACAUGGUUUUACGCAAAACGCUGCUUCUUAUCGUUCCUGGAGAAUCUAGCAAAACACUUGAUCGUUGUUAAAGAUAACACGAUUAAGGACUGCCUGGUGUUUCUCGAAGGCUGCGAGGCGUAUGGGCGUAGGGUCAGCACCGUCAUCGAGAGCCCGUUCCAGGAAGAGGAUGCUAACAGUAAAGCGAAACACACCGUCACGUACGAAGCUCGACUGCUUCGGUACAUGUUUUACAAACUACGCAAUAUUGACGAUUAUGUUACUAUUAAUAAGUAUGAAGAUUUAAAAUAGGUGCAUAUAAUUAUUACAGCUUCAGGUUUAGGCGUACUUCUGAUCAUAAAUAAAAUAAAUUACUUAUUUAA